AUGGCUUCCAUUAACACUGAAAAUAAAAAUGAGGAAAAUAUCACAACAUCAGUCGAAGAAAAAACUUCAAUAGCAGAAUCCACACCAAUUCAUGAACAUUCUCAUACAUGUAAUGAUCCAACACAUAAUCAUAAUGAUCCAUCAUUUUUCAAUCUAAAUAAUUUAUAUUCAUCCACAUCACCUGUCAAUAAUGCAAUAGGAAAUAAACGAAAAACUAAAAAAACUAAAAAACAAACUACUACAUCUGCUGAAUUAAUUCCUGGUCAUCGUGGUAGUGAAAAUAUUGAUGAUCUUGUCAAUUUUAUUAAUAGUCCAUUACCAAUAAACGAUAAAAAACAGAAGAAAAAAGUCGACAACACCAAGAACUAA